AUGAGGUCGCAUCUAUUCUUCAUCGCCUUUCUCUUCGGCCUGACGGCUGCUCUCGCCAUUGAUGAGUCCAGACUUCACAAAGAUGAUCUCGAGCUAUUAAGCUCAGAGCUCCAGGACCGAGGCUCCGACGCGACGCACGAGCUCUGGAAGCGCAAGGGUGGAGGAGGUGGUGGUCGUGGCGGCGGCGGAAGCAGCGGCAGCAAAGGCAGCAGCGGCAGCAAGGGAAGCAGCAGCAGCAGCAGCGCCUCUCGAACCAACAAGGCAUACUACCCAGGCGCACAAGGAGGCAACACCGGAGGCUACUCACCCGGUGGCUCCGGUCCCCAGCCUCGCUUUGUCUCAAACACAUACUACGGCGGUGGUGCAAAGGCUCCUUACCCAGCUGGAGGCAGUCCCAGCGGCAAGUCGAUGACCAGCAGCCGUUCAGCCAGCCCCCUCGCCUACUACCCCGGAUACUGGCCGCCAUACCCCAUCUUCAUCUACCCUUACGGCUAUCACCACACCUACCGCAACAAGACCUCCAACCAGAACGAGACGCGCGAGGUCAUAUGCGCCUGCCCCGAGUACUCUUCAUGCAUGUGCGACGAUGUUGAGGACACCAAGUUUUGGGACGAGCUCAUCGGCGACGGCGACUACAAGAAGCUGAACAAGUCUCUGGUCACCGUGGCUCAGGUUGAUGGCAAGACCAAGAUCGUCCUCAACGGAACCGUCCCCAACGGUACCACCACCGACUGCAAGGACACUAAGGAUUGCGAAGCCUACUAUAGCGAUGCCGCCAGUCUCCUGGCUCACAGCCUGGGCCUGUGGCCUGUAGCCUUCACUGUCUUCGCGAGCGUCUUCUUCCUCUAG